CGGUAAAGCGAACAAUCAUAUCCCCACCCACACCGACACCAACACCCACACGCCACACCCACACCCACACCCCACACCCACACCCCACACCCACACCCACGCCCACAUCCGAUAUGCAAUCAUAAUCCUCAUUGAACAUAUCCCAACUAUCCGUAAAAAUAAAUUGAAAUUCCUCCAUAGUGAUGGGAGUGAUGAUAUUAAAGAUUCAUCACUGUAUAAAGAAAUUGAAAGUUUUAAACGUACACUUGUAAAGCAUGUGCUAUAAAAAAAACAAUUUAUAAACUUAUAUUUUUUGAAAUUAAUCAAGUUAAUAAUCUUCAUCAUCAUGUUCAACUGUUACCAAUACCAUCUAAAUUAUUAAAAAAUGAUGGAAAUGGUGAAAAUAAAUUUACAAAAGCAUUAAAUGGGAAUAAUAAAGUUAUUUAUAUUGUUCAACUUAAAGAUGAAACUAAAAAUGUUGAUUUACAAUUCUGUCGUAGAGUUUUAGCCUAUGUAUUAAAAUGCCCUAAAAGAACGUAUUGGAAAAAAUGUCAUUAA